CAAGAUGCAAUAUGAUAAGAGAUUGUGAUAACUGAUGACCCUGGCUCGCCGUUUAAGAUGAUUCCCACCGGUCACAAGUGCACUAGUUGCGCGAAAGAGGCACACUACAACACACAUGAAGCCUAAACCAGAUUCCGCGAUGAAAAUAAUGGACCCGUCGUUCCUAUUGCGGCCGGAGGAAUCGUUCAACGGCAAACCAAUAGACGCGUUCCGAGAUUACUCCGUCGACGAGAACAAUCCCAUCAAGAUGCGUGUGCGCCGGACAUACUACGACAUGCACAGCAACAUGACUGUCGACUUUGUUAAGGGUAAAAUGGAAAAAUGGCUGAAGUUCAACCACUUCAAAGCGACCAUCAAGGAGGCUCUGAUCAAACUAAACGAGCUGGUGGACGAGUCUGAUCCUGACACGAACCUGCCCAACAUUGUGCACGCCUUCCAGACUGCCGAGAGGAUCCGGGAGGACUAUCCUGACGAUGACUGGUUCCAGCUUAUCGGCCUUAUUCAUGAUGCUGGCAAGGUGAUGGCGUUCUACGGGGAGCCUCAGUGGUGCGUGGUGGGAGACACCUUUGCGGUCGGUUGCAAGUGGGGCAAAUCCAUCGUGUACGGAGAUGACAGCUUUAAGAACAACCCCGAUACUUACAACCCUAAAUACAACACUCCCAACGGCAUGUACCAGCCACACUGCGGGCUGGAGAAUCUGCUCAUGUCCUGGGGCCACGAUGAAUACCUGUACCGGGUACUUGUGCACAAUAAGGCAAAGUUCCCCAAGAAGGGACUCUACAUGAUCAGGUACCAUUCAUUCUACCCGUGGCACGCUGGUAAUGACUACAAGCACUUGCUGAAGGAAAGCGACAAAGAAAUUGAGAAAGCUGUUCUAGAAUUCAACAAAUACGACUUGUACACGAAGAGCGCUGGUAUCCCCGACGUGGAAGCUCUAUGGCCAUAUUACGAGAAGCUCAUCGACAAAUACAUCCCAGGCGUUCUAGAGUGGUAGACACUGAAAAUAUUCAAAUAAAUACAAUAAUAUUACAUCCAAAGUCGAGCAACUACCACUAGACUUAGAAUGAAAGUGUUUGAUUAUAUAGAAGUUUGUUGUUGCCUUUAUUAGUAAGUACCGUAAAAUGUUCCUAUAGUAUAAUCUGUGCCUUUAUAUUUUGACAUCAGGAUGCAAUACUUAUACAAAGUAGACUAAAUAGCCUAUUUACAAGUUAAUAAUUAUUUCCAUUGUGAAUUAUUUACGUUUCUAUGUUCUCUAUUUUUUUAAUAAAAUAGUUCCUUUACUUUAA